UUAACCGCCAAUCAAAACAGCCGAAGUGCACAUCCGCCGAAAUUUAAAAACGCCCUCUAGCUCGGUAACUUUAGACGGCGACACAGGUUUUGGACUAGAUACAUAGCACUUAUUUCCGUAUAAAACAUGGACCCGUUCAACGAGGAGGAUAUCAAAAUGUAUUUUUUCAAAAACAGGCUAAAAACGUUUGAAGGGUGGCCGUUUGACGAGGACUGCAUGUGCACCCCGGAGAACAUGGCCAAAGCCGGCUUCAUCCACACACCUACAGAGAACAGCCCGGACAUCGCCAUGUGCUUCUUCUGCCUCAAAGAGCUGGAGGGCUGGGAGCCAGAGGACGAUGCAGAGAAAGAGCACAAAUCUCAUUCCCCCUCCUGUCAAUUCAUUGCCUUAAAGAAAAAGGUAGAAGAGCUGACGGUGGAAGAAUUCUUCAAACUAGAGAAGGAGAGGCACAAGAACAUCAUUAGAAAAAUUGGAAAUGAGGCAAUUGCCAAGAUUGAAGAGGCAGCCAAACUGAGAAGAGGCGAUAUCAUCAAGACCGCCAUGGGAGAAGAAGAGAACAUUUCCCCGCUUCUUCAGUAUCCCGGAGGCUGGGUCCCGUUUUACGCGCGACUGACCCUCCUCCACCUGGACAGGAUGAGGGUCAGCUUUGGCGCCCUGGCGAUCACCGCCGGAAUCUGCGGGAUUCUCAGCUUCGGGUUCUUGGCUACCUCCCUCGGAACCGAUCACUGGUACGUCAUAGAGAUGAAUCCUGUGAAUGCGUCGGACUUUGAGGACAUAAGCUUCCGCGCGGGGUUGUGGAGCGUUCAUGAAGGAGAGAAGAUUGCCGACUCCUUCACGGCUGAUUAUUCCCAAUUCUCUGACACUGAGCUGCGCUUGAUGAACAUGCACGGUGCUAUAGUGGUGGUCCUGCCCCUCAGCCUGGUCCUGCUGCUGUUCGGGGGCAUCUGCGGCCUGGUCAUAAGUGGAGCCCUGGGGGGUCUGUUCUCUGAUGCCCCGAGGGUCAGAGGUCAGGUCCAGGUGGUCAGCCUCACCCCGAUUCAUCCCAAACAACACUCUUUUGUACGAGUAGGGGGCCGGUUAAAGGCCACAAACGAGAGGAGACUCAAUUUCCUGACACAUGACAAUCAUUUGGUGGCCGUGUGCGGCCAGCUGACCCUGUGUGGGGCCAGCCUGUACGUGGUCUACUCGCACCAGGCCCUGGCGGAGACGGAGAGGCUGAUAGGGCGGGAGGGCCUGGCCCGCAUCCACACCUCCUUCGGCUGGUCUCUGGGCCUGGCCUGGCUGUCCUACGGCCUGGAGCUGCUGGCCGGGGGGCUGCUGCUCGCGGCCGCUAAGGUGACCGCCCUGAGGCGGGGCCGGCCCGGGACGGCCUGACGGGCCCCC